AUCUGUGAUGUGCACUUUGAUUUUCUAACCUCAACUCAAAUCUUCAAAUGGUUUUAUAAUAACUAUAAAAAUAGAUUUUUCUUAUCGAAACUAUGUGAGGUUUUUCGAGGUUUAAGAUAAAAACAACAUUAUCCCAUUAAAAGUAUAAAAAACUCCAACGAUGUCCUGUAAACGCGUAAUGUUUAUGCGGCGUUUUUCUAAAACCAGUAACCGAGGGCAGAAUAUUUUCGUUACAGUUGUAAAGGACACAUUUCAGAGAAGAAAGAAAUUUUAUUCUAAUCUAGGGGAUCACAGGAAUUAUCAUUCUUCAAGAGAGCCGAGGUCGACAAUUGUGAAGCUCACACCACAGGAAGUAGACAAUAUACUACGUGCCAAUGAAUAUACUCAUGACUUCAGUGAGGGAUCAGUUAAAUCCUAUGACUCAAAUCAGUUAGCUUCUAAUAAUCCUAUUGAAGAUACUAGAUCAGAAGCUUCGUGCUUGAUUACUUCAGGCCUGUUAGUAGGAGUUUUUGAUGGCCAUGGGGGAGGUGCCUGUGCUCAAGUAGUAGCAAAAAGACUGUAUCAAUAUAUAACUGCUUGCUUGCUUCCACAAGAUCAGUUAUUGAAAUACAUUUCCUCACUUGAUAUAGUUCCAAAUCCUAUGAAGUUACUGAAAUCCUAUAAUAAUAAGGUUCAAUUAGUAGAUGAUGUUCGUGACAUUUAUAAAAAAAGUUUCAAGAGGUUCUUAGAUAAUCUAGUCAAGGGUGAUUAUAGAGAGGGUUUUGAUAUGGACACUGCCUUAGUAAAAGCCUUCAUGAGCUUAGAUGAUGAUCUUUCACGAGAAGGUUUGCCUGAUGAAAACUCCAAAUUCAACAGAAAAACAUUAUCUGUCGCAAUGUCUGGCUGUGUAGCUUGUGUUGCUCAUAUAGACGGUCCCCACUUGCAUGUUGCUAAUGUUGGAGACUGCAGUGCAGUCUUGGGUUCUUUAUCAGAAACAAACACAUGGAUGGCUAAGAAACUAACAAAUGAGCAUACAAUUGAGAAUCAUGAGGAAGUUCAGCGAAUACUUGCCGAGCAUCCCCCUGGUGAAAAAAGUACUGUGAUUAGGUUAGGAAGACUUUUAGGUCAAUUGGCUCCUCUACGGGCUAUGGGUGAUUUUAGGUUUAAAUGGAGUAAACAAAUAAUGUCACAAUAUGUGGCUAAACAUUUUGGUCCAAACGUGAUAGCUCAAAACUACUUUACACCUCCAUAUCUCACAGCCAAACCUGACAUUGUACAUCAUCGCCUGACUCCUCGAGACAAAUUCCUGAUCAUUGCCACUGAUGGACUGUGGGAUAUGGUGACUCCUAUUCAAACCGUGAGAUUAGUGGGCGAACAUAUGAAGGGUAAAGUAACAUUGAGCCCUCUCAAACUUCCUCAUAAAGAUAUGAAACUGGGGGAAAUCAAUGAAAUACUUUUGCAGCGAAAAGAAGGUAUGAAAACGAAGCCUAGAGAUUCUAACGCGGCGACGCACCUCAUAAGAAACGCCCUCGGAGGAACUGACUAUGGAAUCGACCAUAAUAAAUUGUCACAACUAUUGAGUUUACCGGACGAUGUUGUCAGAGUUUUCAGGGACGAUAUCACUAUUACUGUCGUCUAUUUUGACUCGGAGUUUCUUAGACACUGCCCAGCGUAGUUGUUUCGUCAAAAUGUGCAUAAAUGUAAAUAAAGAUGUUUCGUUUAUUUUACAUUUAACGAUGAGCAACGAUUAGGAGGAUUUUCGUUUUAUGGAAAUAUACUACUUUCCUGUGAGACCUUCUCGGUUUCUUACGUAUGGUCCUAAAUAUGGUGCGAUUAUUGUUGGAUUCCUUGAAAAUCCAAUUUGUGCAAGUUUCAUCAUCAGGCAAACUUGAAAAAACUGUUUGUUAGUUGAAUUCUUGUUGAAUCUGUGGUAUUUUAAAUUGAAAGUUGGUUGUUCCACUGAAAAAAUGAGAUGGAAACGUAAUUAACCCUCUGGUCAAUUAGUUUACUUGAAUUCGAUGUUAUCACAAUGUUCACCGAUGUAUUGUUGAAAAUGUGCAAUAUCGCUCAAAACAAUUCGAGAAAUUUUUGAAAUAUAUUGAGUAUAGGAGGCUGUUUCAAAAUGAUACUUUAAAGGAGAAAAAUUUAAAUCAAGAAUUGUUCCAUUGGCCAAUUUGCGUGCUUCCGACAACUGCACAAUCAUUUGUCUCAAAGGUUACAAUAUUAACUUGCAUACAUGUUCAUAUUUGAGCUGAGGCUGUUUUAUUUAUUUUCAAUUAGAUAUAUCUCUUUAUUGUUGUUGAAGUUAAUAAAAUUCAAAUUUCUUU